GGCCGGGCUGCGGUGCGGUGAUGCUCGGCGGCGAGGGUGAUGUCAGUCAUUUCGUGGAUUGUGGGAAAGUAAAGGAGCAUCAGCUCGCCAUAUUUCCACCCCCUUGCAUUCCAGGGAUGCAAGGUCUGUUGCAGGAGCGCCCGAUGUGGGAGGAGGCUGCAGCCUGAAUAUUCAGGGGGAGGUGAAAGAGAAACUCAAGGUAAUACAGGAGCUAGCAAAUAACAACGGGGGGAAAAAAAAGGGAGCAGCAACGCAGAAGCCCAGGUGCAUUGGAGUUGAAAAAGACGGGACCAUGUCGGCCAUGGUCUACCCCAGGGACGAGAGGCUGGAGAGGCUGACGCAGGAUGAGAUUGUGAUGAGCACCAAGGUGGUGAUCCAGGGGCUGGAGACCCUGCGGAACGAGCACAACUCCAUCCUCAACACCCUGCUGGACGCCAUGAAGUCCCUGCAGAAGGGCAGCCAGGAGCCCAGCGUGGCCCAGGAGAAGUCCUGCCUCCUCCAGAAGUCUCUGGAGAGCAUCGAGCUGGGUCUGGGGGAAGCCCAGGUGAUCCUGGCGCUGUCGAGCCACCUGAGCACGGUGGAGUCGGAGAAGCAGAAGCUGCGGGCGCAGGUGCGCCGCCUGUGCCAGGAGAACCAGUGGCUCCGCGACGAGCUGGCGGGCACGCAGCAGAAGCUCCAGCGCAGCGAGCAGGCCGUCGCUCAGCUCGACGAGGAGAAGAAGCACCUUCAGUUCAUGAACCAGAUCAAGAAGUUCGACGAGGACGUCUCCCCCUCCGAAGAGAAGAAUGGGGAUUCUGGGAAGGAAGCGCUCGAUGAUCUUUUCCCAAACGACGAAGAACAGUCGCAAGGGCAGCAGCCUCAUACGGUGGGCGACGCGGCCCAGCACGGGGGCUACGAGAUCCCAGCCCGUCUGCGGACGCUACACAACCUGGUGAUCCAGUACGCCUCGCAGGGGCGCUACGAGGUGGCCGUGCCGCUCUGCAAGCAGGCGCUGGAGGACCUGGAGAAGACGUCGGGCCACGACCACCCCGACGUGGCCACCAUGCUCAACAUCCUGGCCCUGGUGUACAGGGACCAGAACAAAUACAAAGAGGCAGCGCACCUCCUGAACGACGCGCUCAACAUUCGGGAGAAAACACUGGGCAAAGAUCACCCGGCAGUGGCCGCCACCCUCAACAACUUGGCCGUCCUGUGUGGUAAGCGGGGGAAGUACCGAGAGGCCGAGCCGCUCUGCAAGAGGGCCCUGGAGAUCAGGGAGAAGGUUCUGGGGAAAUCCCACCCAGACGUGGCCAAGCAACUGAACAACCUGGCCCUCCUGUGUCAGAACCAGGGCAAGUUCGAGGAGGUGGAGAAGUACUACCAGCACGCCCUGCAGAUCUACGAGUCCCAGCUGGGUCCCGACGACCCCAACGUGGCCAGAACCAAGAACAACCUGGCAUCCUGUUACCUAAAACAGGGCAAGUACAGGGAGGCAGAAUCGUUGUACAAGGAGAUACUGACCAGAGCACAUGAGAAAGAAUUUGGUUCUGUCAGUGGAGAAAAUAAGCCAAUUUGGAUGCACGCUGAGGAGCGGGAGGAACAGAGCAAGAGCAAGCGGAGGGACGGUGUCCUGUACUGGGAAUAUGGAAACUGGUACAAGGCUUGCAAGGUCGACAGCCCGACUGUGAACACCACGCUGCGGAGCCUAGGAGCCCUGUACAGGCGGCAGGGUAAACUCGAGGCCGCCGAGACCCUGGAGGAGUGUGCGACCAAGUCGCGCAAGCAGGCGCCGGACACGUCACACCCCACCCGGGUGGUGGAGCUGCUGAAGGACGGGGGUCCCGAAACUCGGCCGGGCCGUGACCAGCUCACGGGCGCCACCGGUGUCGUCAACUACAUCAUCAACGGGGCCGAGGGCGAGGAGCCGGGCACGGCCGAGUGGAACGGGGAUGGCAACGGGUCCCUGCGGAGGAGCGGGUCGUUUGGGAAGAUCCGUGACGCCCUGAGGCGCAGCAGCGAGAUGCUGGUGAAGAAGCUACAGGGGGACUCGCCCCAGGAGCCCAGAAAUCCCGGGAUGAAACGGGCCAGCUCGCUAAACUUCCUGAACAAGACCGGCGAAGAAGCCACCGAGCAGUCCGGGAGCAACCUAUCGGAUUCGAAAGCGCUGAGUGCCAGUAACGUGGAUUUAUCAAGACGCAGCUCUCUGGGGAGCUUAAACUAACCGGCUCCCCGUGGGUGAGGAGGGCGGGGUUGUCAUCCGCAGCCGACCUCCCGACACCACCGCGUCCUGGCACCUCCCUCUGAAGAGCUUGACGGAUAUUUCGUUUACUUUCUUUGUUGCCGUUUCUUUUUUGGGCAGUACCGGAGAUCCGGGCGCCGGGAGACUCUUCGCUAUCCUCGAUGCAUGCUGUACUUGCGCCAGCCCGCAGGGCCAAUCUUAAAUCCAUUCUUGGCGUUAAGAGGAGCAAGGUGUGUGUAGUCUGGUGUGUUCACACGUGUGUGUGUGUGUGUGUGUGCAUGCGUGUGUGAUUGCGAUAGAGCUGUGCCUACAGCUGAGAGCGUCUGAUAGGUUAAUAGUAACGCAAGGUCGGUUUAUUAUCACGAACAUACGUCGUGAAAUGUGUUGGUGACAGUGUAUUCGACCCCAAGUACUGUGCAAGAGCCCUGGGCAUGUAGAGCUGGGGUGCCCAAGACUUUAGCAUGGUACUGUAUUUUUCAAUGUGGAGCGGAGAGCGAGCUUGUAAAUCUGGCGGGAGCGAAGGUUGUUUGGGGUGGCGAGGGUGGAGUGCCGCGGGAGGGAGGGGUGUGGGACGCGGGUCAGGGAAGGAGGCCAGAGGUGUUGGGGUGCAGACACACCUUUUGAUUCCAAACAUUGAUCAUUACAGAAUGUCUCCCUGGUGCUUCCUGCUCCCUCCCCUCUCGCCAACCACGAUUCCCCCCCUCGCCAACCACGAUCCCCCCUCUCCCGGCCUCCUUCCCACUCCCAGUCCACAACAGAGACCCAUAUCAGAAUCAGGUUUUAUCAUCAAUCACAUGAGGGCUGCUUAACAAAAGAGCCCGUGGUACUACAGGAAAGUUACUGGCGUGGUUAGAGCAUUGGCUGAUCGGUAGGAGGCAGCGAGUGGGAAUAAAAGGAUCGUUUUCUGGUUGGCUGCCAGUGACUAGUGGUGUUCUGCAGGGGUUGGUGUUGGGACCACUUCUUUUUAUGCUGUAUAUGGCUUUGUUUAAAUGGCUUUGUUGCCAAGUUUGCAGAUGAUAUGAAGAUUGGUGGAGGGGCAGGUAGUGUUGAAGAAAUGGGUAGGAUGCAGAAGGACUUAAAACAGGUUAGAAGAAUGGGCAAGAAAGUGGCAAAUUAAAUACAAUAUUGGAGAAUGCAUGAUCAUGCACUUUGGUAGUAGAAAUAAAUGUGCGGACUAUUUUCUAAACCGGGAGAAAAUUGAAAAAUCUGAGAUGCAAAGGGAUUUGGGAGUCCUUGUGCAGAACACCCUAAAGAUUAAUUUGCAGGUUGGGUCCGUGGUGAGGAAGGCAAAUGCCAUGUUAACAGUCAUUUCAAGAGGUCUGGAAUACAAGAGCAAGGAUGUGAUGCUGAGGCUUUAUAAGACACUGGUGAGGCCUCACCUGGAGUAUUGUGAAGAGUUUUCAGCUUCUCAUCUUAAAAAACGAUGUGCUGGCAUUGGAGAGGGUCCAGAGGAGGUUCACAAGGAUGAUUCCGGGGAUGAAAGGGUUAUCAUACGAGGAACUUUUGAUGGCUCUGGGUCUGUACUCGCUGGAAUUCAGAAGGAUGAGGGGGGAAUGUCAUUGAAACCUUUUGAAUGUUGAAAGGCCUAGACAGAGUAGAUGUGGAAAGGAUGUUUCCCAUGGUGGGGGAGUCUAGGACAAGAGGGCACAGCCUUAGGAUAGAGGGGUAUCCAUUCAGGACAGAGAUGUGGAAAUUUUUCUUUAGCCAAAGGGAGUGAAUUUGUGGAAUUUGUUGCCAUGUACAGCUGUGGAGGCCAGGUCGUUGGGUGUAUUUAAGGCAGAGAUUGAUAGGUUCUUGAUUGGACGUGGCAUCAAAGGUUACGGGGAAAAGGCCGGGAAAUGGGGUCGAGGAGGAGGGAAAAAAAGGAUCAGCCAUGAUUGAAUGGUGGAGCAGACUCCAUGGGCCAGAUGGCCUAAUUCUGCUCCAAAGUCUUAUGGUCUUGUGUGUCAUGAAAUUUGCCUUUUUUGUAUUGGCCACAGUACAGUGCAAUACAUAAAAUUGCAGUACUGUGCAGAAGUUUCAGGCACACUAGCUAUGUGCCUAAGGUUUUUGUGCUGUUCUGUAGGAGCAGAAUUAGACUGUUCGGCCCAUCGAGUCUGCUCCAUCGUUCAGUCGCGACCUUGUUCCCUCAACCCAGUUCUCCCCAUAGGGUUGGCACAACAUUGCUGGCAGGAGGGCCUGUACUGUUCUGUGUCCUGGUAAAACUUAACCCCUUUUACUAACCAGGAACCUACCAACGUCCACUCUAUGUGUACCCAAUGACUUGGCCUCCCCACCGGCCUGUGACAACGAAUUCCACAGAUUCAGCUCCUUUUGGCUGAAGAAAUUCCUCCUCAUCUCUGUUCUAAAUGGACGCCCCUCUAUUCUCAGGCUGUGCCCUCUGGUCCUAGACUCCCCCACCACAGAAAACAUUCUGUCCACAUCAACUCAGUGGAGGUGUUUCAGAAUCCCGGAGGUUUCAGUAAGACACCACCUGUUGUUCUGAACUUCCAAGUCCAGGCCCUGAGAGAAAACAGGGAAGAAAGAUUAAAGAAAGUUUCAGUGUUAUUGUUGAAGCAUGCGCUGAAAUGCGUCGUUUGUGCCCGCGGCCAACGAACAGAAUACAGAAUGUGCUGGGGGGCACGCUUUCUGCCAGUGUGUCGCCCUGCUUCCGUUGCCAACGUGGCAUGCCCCAUGACUUGCCAACCCCUACCCGCACGCCUUUGAAAUGUGGGGGGUGGGGGAACCCACACGGGGACAUACAAACUCCUCACGGCAGGGAUUGAAGCCCCGAUCGCUAUAGCGCUGUGAAAACGUUACACUAACCGGGGUGCUACCAGGCCAUCCCACAAACGGCAAAUGUUCCUUCUGUGUUUCAAGAUUCAAAGCAGAUUUAUUAUCAAAGAGUGUAUAAGUUAUACAACCUCGGGAUUUUGUCCGCUUAUAGGCAGCCACAAAGAAACCCAAAUUACCCAAUUUAAAAGAAAAAGGACCGAAAACCCCUUUCAUUCCCGGGAUCGUAGACUCUCUCCUGGGCUGUCGCAUCUUUCCUUGGAUCCGGGGCCCAGAACUGCUCACAAUAUUCUAAAAUACGGUGUGACCAACUCUUUAAUGUUCUCUCUUACCUGCUCCCCAUUAUGCCGCUGGCAUUUAGGGCAGCAACGGAGGUCAAAAAAAUCUCUGGCGGUGUCCGUGGCUUCCUUCAUCACGUCAGUAGCUUCCUCUCGGUUUUCACCACUAUCAGUCACGCAAGUCCCGGGUGGAGUCUCAGGAAUACCGUCGCACUCAGAUGCAGAAGGAUUCUUCAUCGCUGUUUCCGUAACGGUUUUGUUUGACCAGUCAGGGUUGUUAGGGUGGACCACGCUCAGUCUGACCUCUACCCUUUGACCCUGUCUGGCAUGGGCGACCCUACCAAGAGCCAAAGCAGAAAGCCCUGACUCCAGCCAACGUAGCUCCCUGGGUCACUGAUGCAUGCAAGCCUCCAAACCCGAUGAAUGUUCUAGUUCUCUCAAGAUGAAUGUUGACAUUGCAUUUGCCCUCUUUACCAGCGACUGCAAAUUAAUCUCAAAAGAGAAUUCUGUACUAAAGAGUUGUACCUUACUCAACGUAAGGUGGGAGUUGGUGUUGGUUUUUGCUGUGUACCAAGAAACUGUGAAAAGCUGUAUAGUUACCCUCUAUAGCUAGCUACAUAGCAAAUGGAAACAGAACAGACUGUUACAGAAGUGCUGUGCACGGAAGCUCAUGACAAGGCAAAUUGUGAGGUCACGAGUUGAUGUUUCAUCACGCAAGAAGACCGCUCAACAUAUUUUAUACAACAGCGGGUUAGAAGCUGCCCCUGAGCCAGAAGCCACGUCCAUUUGGGCUUUUGUUAUCUUCUGCCCGAUGGGAGAGGGGUGAAGAGAAAAUAUCCGGGGUGGGUGCGAUCGGAUCCUUUCCCAAAGCAGCGGGAAGUGCGGGCAGAGUCUACGGGGGAGGGUUCCUGUGGCGUGCCGAGCCCUGUCCACAACUCCCUGCAGUUUAUUGCGGUUAAUUCCCUCCAACGCUCCCCCGGUACAGCUGGUAUUCCCAACUACGCGGAGCACGGAGGAGGUUUGUUUUCUUCGCGAAGCUCUGAAAGAGAGAGUGAGUGAGUGAGUGUGUGUGAGAGGAGAGAGAGUGAUCCACCCCAGCCCGCUCACAAAGGGGCAGAAUUCUUCUGUAUUGUACAGUACACUUCAGUGUUUAGACGUCAGCACAAAAUUACAGCACACUUGUCAAUAGCUGGACGCUUUCCUGUCUCCCGUGUACGCGUGUGUCCUCACCGAUAGAAAUUGUUCAGGGUUUGUUUUUUUUUUGUUUGUAAAUAGAACAGUUAUGGCGACUAUUAUCUAAACCUGUCUCCCUAACUCUGUAACUCUACUGCCGGUACUCUGCAAGACGCGAAACAGAUUUGUGCCGACACUGGAAUGGACUACCACAGAACUUCCUAAUAAAGCAGGGCGAUGU